AGAUUUCUCUUCAGUCCUCAAAGGAAAAAUAACAGGCAAAGGAAGGGAGAGAGGGAGAAGGGAAAGUGAGGAGGGGAAAGUGAGAGAGAGGAAAGAUGGCUAGUGAAUUCAAAAAGAAAAUGUUCUGGAGGGCAGUGGUGGCCGAGUUCCUUGCCAUGAGCCUUUUUAUUUUUAUCAGCAUUGGCUCGGCUCUGGGUUUUAGCUUCCCAGUGGUGGGCAACAAAACUUCAACAAGGUCUCAGGACAAUGUGAAGGUUUCACUGGCAUUUGGGUUAUCCAUCGCUACUAUGGCACAAAGUGUGGGCCACAUCAGCGGUGCACACCUGAACCCAGCAGUGACCCUGGGCCUCCUGCUGAGCUGCCAGAUCAGCAUCUUCAAAGCACUCAUGUACAUCAUUGCCCAGUGUCUGGGGGCAGUGGUAGCCCCAGCUAUUCUGUCAGGAGUCACUUCCUCUCUCCCAAACAACCUCCUGGGGCUCAACUCGCUUUCAGAAGGGAUCAAUGCAGGCCAAGGACUAGGUAUUGAAAUCAUUGCUACCUUCCAGUUGGUAUUGUGUGUCCUUGCUACCACAGAUCGGAGGAGGAAUGAUGUCUCAGGAUCAGCACCUUUGGCCAUUGGUCUCUCUGUUGCCUUGGGACAUCUUCUUGCUAUUGAUUACACUGGUUGUGGAAUUAACCCAGCCAGAUCUUUUGGCUCAGCACUGAUUGCCAACAACUUUGAAAAUCACUGGAUCUUCUGGGUUGGCCCAAUCAUUGGAGGAGCAAGUGCCGCCCUGAUUUAUGACUUCAUUCUGGCUCCCAGAAGCAGUGACCUGACUGACCGCAUGAAGGUGUGGACCAGUGGUCAAGUAGAAGAGUAUGAUCUGGAAGGAGAUGAUAUGAACUCCAGGGUUGAAAUGAAGCCAAAAUAAAGAAACACAAGGAAAAAAAAGAAAAAAGAAAAAAAGCACAUUGGUUUCCGAAGAUUUUAUCAGUGUUAUAGACUCUUUGUAAACCAGCAAGCAGUACUUUAUUUUUUAAUUCAAUAUGGGUUUUGAUUUUUUUGC